GUAUGAUAAGAAUUGGACACCCAUUCUGAACACAUACAUUGUACAACGAGUCGUCUUACAAUCGAGAAGAGCGCUACAAAUCUGCAACAUGACCGCUGGUUGGGUCUUUGCGGUUGUUGCUGGCAGUUGUGCUGCUCUGUCGUCCACCUUUAUGAAACUUGUGUCGGAUGCUACAUUCAAUUCCAGCGUGACCACCGCUGGGAACAAUGCCGGGACCUUUCUCGAGGGUAUUCUAUAUCCUCACACGGUUGGUGUUCUGAUCAAUAUUGCGUUUAUCUUUGUGACACAAUCGUUGAUGUGGUUCUACUUCUCCAAAUCCUUGGUCUAUUGCGAUAGUGCAUUGGAGGCCACUGUCAUCAACACGGCGUGCAACUUUUCUGUAUCGGCACUUCUAGGUUCAGUAUUAUUUGGAGAAGAGCUCACACUGCAGUGGUGUUUCGGUCUAUCCCUAAUACUGGCUGGGGUGUUGUUAAUCGUUAGACAAACGACACUGCCUAACAUGGAAAAACCGGAAUUGAAAAAGGAAUAACCAAACUCCGCUGGGACGCUAUUGGGCGGUCAACUGCACCGAACAUUGGUCUGUACUUGGAACGAACAAAGUUCCCGAACGCAUACGCAUGCUGCUGUAACGAUGCGCCUGUAUUUAAUUCGAGAUAGAGAGAGCUACUGGGGAUUGUAUAGCAGUGCUAGCUAACGCCUCAGAUGGUACACAAGGGAAGCAAACACAAGCGUCAUGAAUCUGAAUCAGAAAUCACGUGUCAUAUGACUGGUUUCGAUCCCAUUCGAGCAUACGAACGUGUUCGUCCAGAUUGUUGCUGUAUUGCUGUGGCUCCUUGUAUGUGCACCUCUUCGUGUGGGGAUUGCGUCUGGUGGCAGAAAGCACGCGUGCGUACAAUCAUAACCACUAGUGCUGCUCUUAUAUUGCAGAGCAAGAUUAUAACAGCCUUUAUCCACGACAGGAUAGUGCCUACCAUUUUGGAUUAGCUAAAUCCUCGACGGUAUCCCACACAAAGCCCCACGCUAAGGAAAUCAGAUACAGCUUAUAAUCUAAACUUUCAUCGACCUACUCUCCUAUGUUAUCCACGCCGUACAGCAAUCACUAACAUGUAACGUGUCAGAUAUAUUUGGCAGUACUUGAAUUGGUAACCGAAAUUAAUAUCGCAGAAUAUCACAUUCCUAUCGACGGGCUUUAUUCAGAAUUAACUGGGUAAUAAAUUUGCGGCGAAACUGAACUUCGCUGGAUUGAUAGCUGCCGUCUUUGUGUGGUUUUCUGUUUUAUAAAUACCCACCAACCGAUCGGCCAGCUCAAACAUAUUACUUC